UGAAACCAUCUAUCAUAGCCUACACUGUAUUGCUAUAGUCAAUAUAACCAUAAAAUCAUUAAUGGCAUUGUUUAAAACAUGAAAACUAUCCCUUUACUUACAGUGCGAUUUUUUUAUUCAUUUUAUGUUUUAUUAUGGUUAUAAGUAAAAGUUAAAUUUGAAUAAAUUAGGCGAUGAGACUAUUCGCGUGUUUUAAAACGAAAGUAAAAUAAUGUAAUUCUAUAAGUGUUGUUUCUUAUUUAAACGAGAAUUUUAUGAUAAAUUACUUGAUGAUGUAACAUCGGACUCUUUGUGAAAUUGCGUAAGCGGCUACCUGUGUGAAAGCGCGCCCGUGAGGAGAGGAGUGCACAGGUGAUGCGCGCGUUAGUUUACGCCUCUAUCAGGCAGGUGUGUAUAAAAGUCAAGAGCAGAUGUGCAUCCAUCAGAUAUCAGAGAAGAGCUGUGGUGGAUAUAUAAUACAACUAAACGGCAUUUAACCCGCUCACAAUGGACGAGCAAAGAUACCCUGUCAAUAUUAAGCUUGUUGGUGUGAUGCACAUACAGAGAAAUAAAUUGUACAUGACUACUGUUCUGUGGUCAGAUCAAAAUGAGAUCACUGUCUACAGGUCGCUUAAAGACUUUCAAAAUUUGCAUCGACAACUCAAGAAGAAAUUCCCUUCAAAUCCAAUGAAACGUUCGGAAAGGAUUCUUCCCAAGUUUAAAGCUGUGAGUGUCAUUAAAAACAUACAGAAGUGGAACCCGAGCAAGUCGGUGCUCAGAUUAAAAGCUCUGGAUGAAUAUUGUACUGAAUUACUCAACAGUGACGCUCGUAUCUCCCAAAGCCCUGAACUCAUGCAGUUCCUCCAACCAAAUCCACAGGACCUAAAUUCUGACUUGAGAAAAAACAGUAUCGUGAUCAUGCCAUCAGAGACGUCUUUGGGAACAAAUGCAGUUAAAUCUUCAGCCGAGGACAUAACUCAGCCAUUUGUUACCGAAACUUACCGCUGCUUGGCUACUUACGAGACCAAAGACACCAAAAAUCGACCCUUUAAAGUCAAAGCAGAUGAGAUUGUGGACGUGCUCAUCAAAGACAAAGGAGGAUGGUGGCUGGUGGAGAAUGAAUCGAAAAAUCUGGCCUGGUUUCCAGCUCCAUACUUAGUGAGGGCAGAGGACGAAGAUGAUGCCGAUGAUGUGACACAGGAUGAAAGUGUUCUCUACGUUGCUUCCCGAAGUUACAAAGCCACAAACAGUGAUGAGAUAUCUGUUCAGAUUGGUGCGGUGGUGGAGGCAUUACAGAAAUCUGACAAUGGCUGGUGGAUAAUCAGAUACAACCAAAAGGCUGGUUACAUACCAUCUAUGUACCUAAAACCUUACAACAACCCAGUGAUCCGAAUCACGCCAUUUCAGGAGAAAUCUAGGUCCACUCUUGACCUUUCAACACUUCAGGCUCCUGGUGUCUCCGACCGUGAGCUCAGUAGAUCCCAGGGCAACCUGUCUCUGUCCUCAGGGUCGUUCCUGGGCCCUAGAGAUAAGCAGAUGUCACGUUCAAUGGCCUUACUCCCGGAUACGAGCAAAAGGCACCAGACUCCACCGUCCAUCCGCAUUGAAUUUGCUGAGAGCGGUCCGCAAAGCAGUCUGAGUGAUGGCAGCGACGAAUUUACUUUUAGUGAUGACGACAGCUCUUCAGGCAGUGAUUCGCUGGAGCGGUACCGCUGGAGUUACACCCCAACGCCCAAGUUUUCAGACAACCUUAGCCCCGAUAGUGCCACCCAAAACAAGAUGACUGCCAGCAGAUCCGAUCCCAGCCUCACCAAGAUGCCCGGCACACCCAAAAUACCACCCAGACCCCAAGCUCAAGAGAUACUCAAACGCUGCACCCCUGUCACUUGCAAGCACUUGGGGUGAACCAGUUAGGUCACCCAGAAUUCAGAAGAAUGGGAUCUGUGACAGAAUACAAAAAUACAGAUUGGUUUGCUGGAGUGGAAGCUUUGUGUUACUAGAAACAUGUAUAAAACAAAUGUGUUAUUUAUGCUAUACUGUUCACGCAUUGCUGAAAUACUUAAGUUGGGCAAUAAUCAAAAAUGAAGCUUGAAGAAAGAUUCUUGCAAUUGAAUGAUAAUUUCACAUUUAUGCUAUUAAUACUUUGGGGCGGUUUUCUGGACAGGGCUAAACCUAGUCCCAGACUAAAAUGCAUGUUUGAGCUGCUUUCAUUUUAAAGCAUCUUGCACUGACAUAUCUUAACAUAUAUCAGUGUCAUUGUUUUGUCUCAAGAUGCACACCAGUAUUGUUUUUUUUGUAAAGUAUGUUUGUUAAAAAAAUUACUUAAGUGUACUAAUAUAACUAAGGCCUUGUCCUGAAUUAUUUCUAAACCCUGUCCGGGUAACCGCCCCUUAAAGUAGCUUUUUAUCUUGGUAUAGAAAAUAUAACCCUAUUAAAGCUGUAAGUUACAAUUUGUUUGUGUAUUUUAGAUGCAAUUCUGUCAUAUUUUUCUUUAACUAAAUAGAAAAUGAGAGAAACAGCAUGAAUAUAAAUGUUAUAUUUUUUAUAUUUUUUUCAAAUAUUCAUAUUUGUCAAAUAUCUCUCUCCUAUAUUUUUCUUAUGAAGUUCCUUCCAUACUGGAAAUGAUCACCUGUGCCUCAUAUGCAUUAUAUACCUGUACAUGUAUUAUACAUGAAAAUAUUAUAACCUUGAGUCUUUUUUGUCUGUACAUAUGAAAUAAACGAGUUAUCAGUUA